UGAUUUUGUCCACUUUUUCAAAUAAUUAAUUAAAACAUUGGACUAUUAAGGACAAAAAUUUUAAGACAAAAAAAUUCAUUAUACUGUAUCUCUUUCAAAUAAAACAUCGUAGAUUGUACAGUGUAAUAUUUUUCUACAAUGGGUCUCCAUUGUAAUAUCAUAAGAGUGUGAUAUGGAAUGACAUCAUAGUUGGGCAUGUGAUCUCACAGACGUCAUGCUACAGUAUUUUCUGGCACACGAAAUAAAGCAAAAAAUCAGAAGAAGAGUGAAAUGUUACCGAAAGGUUGGAAUGAUAAUCAAGACAUGUAUACACUGCAAUACAAGGAUUCCUCCGACAAAGUUUAUAUACUAAAGAUUAUGAGAGUUGAUGAAGACUUACUGGUCCAUUUCAUGGAUAUUAAAUCCGAGAAGGUUACAAGUAUAAACAUCAGCACUUCAGACUAUACAACUGGUGACCUGUCAUCUUUUGAUGAGGCAUUUAAACAUUUAGGGAAGCUGACAAAGCAGUUAAAAAAGGAUAUUAUUGAUGAAAUAACAAAAUCACCAAAGUCAGGAAGUUCAUCUGAACCUUCCAGUUCAAGGCCUCAGAGGUCAAGGUUGCAUGAUGAUGACCAUGACCCUUUACGUGUGCCACCAAGACAUCCACAUAGACAACCUGUUCCUGGAUGGACAGAUCCAGAUGAUCCAUUUUCUGUUGGAAGAGGUGACCUUGACCCAUUUGGUAGAACUGGAGGUGGUAUGGUGUUUGAUCCAUUCCAUCCUGGUGGUAGAAGAGGGCGACCAGAUCCCAGUGCUGGUCUUCCUGGUAGAUUACCAAGAGGAGCAGUCCCACCUGGUGCUCGAUUUGAUCCCUUUGGUCCACCUGGAACUGGUCCAGGACCUGAUCCUGAUCACUUACCACCACCUGGAUAUGACGACAUGUUUAUGUGAGAGAGAUCUGCUAAAAGCAAGACAUUUCAUUAGUUGUAUUUAUGUUAAAUUGAAUAUUAAAGUUAUAGUUGUUAA